GGGGCUUCAGGAACAGGUUGGAAGGUCCUUAAAGGCUUCCCGAGGUCCUUGCUCCUCAGUCCUCCCUGGAUUCUGUAAGUAUGGUGGUGAGGAAGCCCUUGCGGAAACUUCUAGAGAGCAGGAUUGCUUCUUACAACUCUCCCGUGUGUGCAGACGGUCCGUGUUUUAGGUCAUCUUCUGAAAUGUAAAACAGUGAUACGGGUGUUUUGUGCUUCGUUCACAUUUGCUUUUUUAUUCCUUCUGUGUAUGAUUAUCUGGGCAUGAGAAAACAUUUAAACUUUUGUGUCUGGCAAACUUUUUUAUAUCUUUUAAAAAUUUUGUGAAAAUCCCACCUUUCUCAUUCCAUAGUAUGUUCUUUUUUUUAACAGAACACUUUGUUUAUGGGGCUCCAUUGUUUUGCCUUAUGGCAACUGUUAUUUCCACUUGUUUUCUUUACUUUGUCUUCAUAUUUAAAAAAACUAGCUUGCUUUCACUUAGGGCUGUAGGAGAUCUCUCUUUUUUUUUUUUUUUACAAAGUGAAAAUUGCUUUAUUUCCCCCAGAUUGUAUUUAUGCUUAUGUCAACUUUUAGAUAAUACAAAAAGUUACAAAAAAACAAAAACAAAAAUUACCUAUACUUGACCCACCUAAAGAUAACUUGAUAUUGAGUACCUCUCGUGGUGCUGUGAGCUCUGCUGGACACUGGGGGACUCUGGUGAACAAGAGAGAGUAUCUGCCUGCAUAGAUCUUACAGUCUGGUGGGGGAGAUGAGCCCCCAAAAAGGAAAUUGAUAAAAUAAUUGCAUGUUGUAAUGAGUGCUUUAAAGAAAACACUAGUGCUUUAAAGAAAACAAGGUUUCUCUGAGGGAAAAACUUGUAGAUUUCACUAAAGGAAGAACAGGAACUAAGCCAUGGACGGAACAGGAGAAAGAACGUUUUAGUCAGAAAUAACGGCAUAUGCAAAGGUUUGAAAAGAGGAAAGAGCCUGAAUCAGAAAGAUCAGUAUAGCUGGAACUCAGUGGUAAGUCAGGGGAAGGUGGGUCAAGGUGAGUAGAAAAAUGAUCUGGAAAAUGAAUUGAUUCAUUACAUAAGUGUUUAUUGAAACCUUAUUGUGUACCAGGCACUGAUCUAGGCACUGGGGAUACAGCUUGGAAAAGGACAGAUUCCCUGUACUCAUGAAAUGAAUAAACUAGUGCUGAGAGGAUAACCAAAUAAACAAGAAAGAUAGUGGAUGUUGUUAAGUGUUAUGCAGAAGAUGACCGUUGUUUAAACUGUGGUGUGUGUUCUUAAAGAUGUAUGGGUACAUAUGCUUCUCUUUUGUAAUUUGCUUUUCUUUCCCCUAAACAGUUUAUGGUAGGACAUUUUUCUGUGUUAUUAAAUGAAUCUUUUAUUUGGGAGCAUCUUAGCUUGUUUUUUUAGAUUAAGUGUGACAGAUAAUCCAUAAAUUAAAAAAACCCUCUUCAACAAAAAUUUGCACAUUAUAAGGCAUCGUAAUAUAAACAGGUAGAAGGUAACUUCGUUUUGACGGUCUGCCAUUUGGUUUCUCUUCUGCGUCACCCCACCACCCAGCAGCCUCUCUGUGGUUGUCUUACUUCCACCUAUCGAUGUUGUUAGUUAAAUGUUUGGAUUUCCUAUUUAUUGAACCAAUUUUUAACAAUCCUAUAAUGAAUCUGGAUUGAUACCUGUUAUCAUUUUCACAUCCUGAUGGAUUCUUUUUGCCAGUGCAUAUGUUUUAAGAUUUUAGUUAUCUGUAUUCAUAAGAGAGGUAAAUCUUUAAUUUCUUUUUUUAUGCUUUAUUUGUCAGACUUUGAUACUAGCAUUUGACUGCUUUCAAGAUGGGAAACUUGAUUCCUUUUAUUGAGUUUUGGGACAGAUUAAAUAGUCUAAAUAUUAUGUACUCUUUUAUUUAGUUACCAGUUACAUAUUUACUGUAUGCCAGGCAUUGGGUUGGAUGCUGAGUAAGCAAAACAGAAAUGGUUUCUGCCCUCAUAGGGCUUGAUUCAUUGGGGAAAUAGACAUUACUGAAGUAACUAUAAAUAUGUAAUUGUGAAUCAUAACAAGUACUCUGAAAGGAAGGAAGAGAGUGCCGUGCGAGAAAUAUCAUUGAAGAUCUACUUGAGAUUGUACUUUUUGUGAUAUGAAGACCUGCUUUUUGAGUAUAUAUGCACUAAAAGGUAAUUCUUUUUAAGUGAAAUAUUUAUUGGCUGUUUGAUAUAUACUUAGGUCUGCGGCCAAUACAUUAAGUAAGUGAAGUCUUCCUAAUGAUAAAAGUUAAAGUAACAACCACUGGCAAUAGUAACUACCAGAGUUAGAGGAUAUAGUCCACAUGUUUUAAUUGAAGAAAUUAAGACAUAUUAAGUAGACACUUGUAGUGUAACAUGUCCAAUUGUAUACACCCUCUGGAAAUCCCACUGAGGUUACAGUAAAACAAUAAAAUUGUAAAUCCACAAAAAGAGAAUGGGAAAGUAGAUGCCAGGUGCAGUCAGCUUUGGGAAACUAGAAAGAAGAUGGUCAGGUGAUAAGUGACUUUGUGGAUUAGAGGAUGCUGAAGGCUGAAGACCCGGAAGCAUCAAGGGGCAGGCGUAGUCCCACCAGGCAGUCUGGCAGCAGCUCAGGAUUUAGAAGUACCGGGUACUUGUCAAGGUGGGAAUAAAGGGUGGAGUGGAAAUAGAAGGUCUGAGUGAUGAUUUUUGUAGUUUUCACGCUCUGGAUUCCCUUCCCUGCUGUCUGCACCCAGACAACUGUCUGCCUCCCCUCUACCCAGACAGAGGACUGAAGGUUGACACUCAGGAGACGUUCACUGGGCAUGCCAGACAGCAGAGGUAGGGGCAGAGCACCUCAAUGAAAAUGAAGAUUAAGUGAAAGCGUACUGAAGCGUGAAACCAGAACUGUCUUCCUGUGUGAUUCUCAGAACUAAUAGUCAAGCUUAUGCUCCCUCUAAACAAGAUAUUAAAGGAAUCUUUUCUGGGGAAACUUACCAAACCAUGGCAAAAUAUUUAACAGACACGGACUUUGGGAGUUUGCCCGAUUCAACAGCUGCAUCACCAUCAGAUCAUGUGAAAGAGUAAGGGCUGCUGGUCAAGAAGCACUGUUGAUGCACCAGACUUUCAGGCAGCUUUAAGUGCCUCACGUGUAAACAUAAAUGGACAGCAGAGGAUCCCCAGCCACUGGGUGCAAGUGUCUAACAUGAAAGAAAUCAAACAGGGAUAAACACGUAGGAUAUAAAAGGAGCUUGGUAGAAAUAAAUUUACUGCAGUUAACAGAAGAAACUUCAACCAAAUAAAACUAUAGCAUCUUUAGAAAUGAUACGACAUCCAUGAAAGAAGAGGAGGUUCUAUUUUUUUUAAUUAUUUAGAAAACAGAAAAGGGCUCUGUAAGAGCAGAAAAAAAAUAUGUAAGGAUUGGAUAAUAAAGCUCAAGAACUCUCCCCCCAAAAUGAAAUGGCCACAAGCAUUAGAAAAUAAGGGUGCGAAGAUAAGAAAGAUAGAGCACCAGUCAAGGAGGUCUUUUGUCUUACACAGUGGGAGGAAACCACCAUCUAGUCCCAGAACUGGAAGAUGUGAGUUUGUGGGUUGAAUGGGUCUUCUGUCUGAUGCCCUGAAGAACAAAACAGAAUGAAACCAAAUCAUCAGACUGAACGUAUAGUUCCAAAAGGAACAAGGCCAGAUUAGUUUUUAAUCAUUCUACUUCCAUAAAGAAUGGGAGGCAGGGGGCAGUUCUCAGACUACAUUUUGAACAAGUGAAGGAGAAAAAGAAACCCGGUAAACUUGAAUAUAUACAUAAGUACUGUUCGGAAGCCCCAGCAGUUCUAUGAGAAAAGGCAGAGUUGUGCAGAGGGGGCAUAGCUCAGAAAUUUCCAGCAGCCAUCCAGUCCUGGCAGCAGUCCCAUCCUAAAAGAAUCGUUGCCUACCAGGCUGAGACUGAACAGCCGUAUAGGGUCCAUUAAGGAAUGCAGAGAGGAAUUGGAAAGUACCUGAGUGGCCCAGAGAUCUUAAAAUGAGCUAGCAAAAUACUCCCUAGAAGUGAGUAUAUAACCUUGGAAAGCAAGGGAUGUGUCUUCUUAGUGAUCUUGAAGAGGAAAACAGAGCUGGAAGUACACACACCCUCCUGAUCCACAGUACACUUGCAGAUUGACAACAAAGGAACCGUAUUAUUUUUUCAAAAAUCCUUGGAUGCAGGAACGAAGAAGGGGGAACUCCUAAAUUAAGAAAACGGAAAACUGCUCUCACCCCUGCCUACAUCCUGAGCAUUCUGCUGGUUCAGGAUAAUUCAUCUUGUUUAAAUAUGAAAAACAAGAACAUGCACAACAUCCUUACAGUGAUACUGUGGUAGAUUGCGUUUCUUUCUUAUUUUUUUAAUGUAGUAUUUUAUUACAUUGGUUUUUAAUUAAUGAGUUUUUAGUAUAUUCACAAGGAUGUACAACCAUCAUCACUAUCAAUUGUAUUAUGAAGCCCAGGGCUCUCCUCCUCUUUGCGUUCCUGCCCUGACUCUGCAUUUCUUCCCACUAAAGGGACAGGAUAUCUCUUCCUCCCCGCUGACUUUGAGUUUGGCUGUAUGACUUGGUGUGGGCAAUAAUAUCAGGUAGAAAUGACAGUAUGUUAGUUUCAGGCCUGAUAAACCUUAAGAGGACUUGGUGUUCUACAUUUGUUCUCUGCACCUCUGCCAUUUCCAUGAGAAAAACAUGCCUCUGCUAGUUCACUGGCUGAAGGAAGAUGAGAGAGAUAUGGAUCGGAGCUAUGCCAGCUGGACUAAGCCUAAUUCAGCCCACAUUGUAGAAAUGUGAGCAGUAGUAAAUGAUUGUGGUUGUAAGCUACUGAAUUUUGAGAUGGCUUGUUACUAAGCAGUAGUUAACUGAUAUAAAUAUGUGAGAAAAGGCUCAGGUGGGGGGAUAUGUACCACAUAUGUUCCUGCUCUGUGGUUCUUUGUUCUUCUAUUCAAUUAGCUUCUAAUCUUUAUUGCUCACUUCCUUUGCUUAUUUUCUUUGAAUUUACCACUUCUCUGUUUUCUAAGUUCUUGAAUUGACUCUUCAGUUCACUGAUUUUCAAAUGUUUUGCUUUAACAUGUACGUUUAAAAUUAAUGGUUUUCUUGUAGUUUUUUCUUGUAGAUAUUUUGCAUGUGCGUAAGUUCAGAUAGGUGUUUUCAUUGUCAUUCAGUUCAAACAUUUUAAAUUUCAUUAUAAUUUAACUUAUGUCAUUUAUAAGUAGUUCUUGGUUGUUUUUGUUUUUUUUUUUAAGCAUGGGGCUCUUGAGAUUAAUUUUUUUAUGGUCACAUAAAAUCCAGUAAUUUUACUGGAUUUGGGUCAGAUGUUAUAUGCUAUCUCAUAUCCAUAUUUGGUGCUAAACACAUUUUAAGUAUAUAGUUCAGUGAAUUUUGGUAAAUGUGUGAACCCUGUGAGCAACACACCCAUAAAAAUAUAGGAUAUUUGUAUCACCCCAGAAAGUUCCUUCAUGCCUGCUUCACUUGCAAUCAGUUUUUCUAUUCCUGCCCUCCACCCGCAACAACCACUGAUACGAUUAUCACUACAGAUUAGUUUUACCAAUUCUAGAACUUCAUGUAUGUAUGGAUCCUACAGUGUGUACUUUUUAUGUCUGAUUUCUUUUGUCCAGUUUAAUGUUUUUGAGAUUCAUGCAUGUGUCAGCAGGUUUUUUUUUAAAUCCCUGAGUAGAAUAGUAUAUUGUAUGAAAAGACCAUAGUUUAUCCAAACACCUAUCAUGAACAUUUAGAUUGUUUCCAGUUUUAGCUUAUGUGCCCCGAAAGUUCGUGUACACAUUUUUUUUUUAUGGACAUAAUGUUUCAUUUUUCUUGGGUAAAUAUGUAGGAAUAAAAUUGCUGGGCCAUAAAGUAAGUACAUAUUUAACUUUGUAAGAAACUGGCAAAACAUUUUUCCAAUUGGCAAUAUAGGUUUCUAUGCCUACCAGGAAUGUAUGAGAGUUCCAGAGGUUCCUCAUCCUUGCCAACACUUAGUAUUCUCGGUCUUUCUAAUUUUAGUCAUUCUGGUGAGCAAGUGGCACCUCCCUGAUAACUAAUAAUGUUGACCAUUUUCCCACGUACGUACUUGCUGUUAGUAUGUUGUUUGUGAAGUGUGUUUAAGAGUCCUUUGUAUACUCUGGGGCCGCCUAGGUGGCUCAGUCAGUUAGGCAUCCGACUUUGGCUCAGAUCAUGAUCUCACGGUUCAUGAGUUCAAGCCCCACAUUGGGCUCUGUGCUCAGAGCCUGGAGUCUGCUUCGGAAUCUGUGUUUCCCCCUCUCUCUGUCCUUCUCUCCCUCAUGCUCUGUCUCUCUCUCUCUCAAAAAUAAAUAAAUAUUAAAAAAAAAAAAGACUUCUUUGUAUAUUCUGGAUACACGUCCUUCAUAAAUACUUUAAUUUCUUAAUGAUGUCUUUUGAAGCUCAGAAGGUUUUAUAAUUUUCAUGAAGUCCGGUGUAUCAGUUUUUCUUUUAUGAGAACUGAUUUUUAUGCCCUAAGCCAUCUUAACCUGCCCCCUGGUCAGAAUUUUCUCUUUUGAUCUUUUUCUAGGAACUUCAUAGCAGUAGCGGUUACGUUUAUGUCUGUCAUUCAUUUCCGUUUGAAUUUUAUGGUUUGAGGUAGGGGUUGAGGUUCAUGUUUGUUUGUUUUUUCUGAUUUGGUGGUUAUAGCAUCAUCUUUUUUCAAGUUGUUCUUUUCCUCUUGGGUUAUAUUGGCAGCCUUCUGACAGUUUCUGAGCUCUCAUGCUGUCCCACUGAUCUGUAUUAUCGUUAAAACACCACAGUUGUGACUGCGUUAGCUUUGUGGUGAUUCUUGAAAUCAGGUGGUGAAUCCUUCAAAUUUGCCAUUUUUUCUAAAAUUGUUUUGGCUGUUCUGUAUCCUUUGAAUGUAAGUUUUAGAGUCAGGUCAUCGGUUUCUGCCAACUGGGAUCGUGCUGAAUGAACAUUUAUACAUUAGUGCUGUAUCUCAGCAUCCCCCACCAAGGGCGCAAAGCUCUUUGGUUCACUGGAGAGCACAGGUCCUUCACCGGGAAGCACAGGUCCUUCACUGGGGAGCACAGGUCCAGACUGAAGCCGGAGGACACAAUGCUGCACAAACGGCGUCUCCAAACACUUGAUGUAUCUAUCUGUUCGGAGGAGAUUUGGGUUCUCUGGGAGAAUUUUAAGCAGAGACCAUCUUAAAUUCAGAAAAAUGAAACAUCAUGUAAAAAGGGAAAUUGACUACCCAGUGUGGCCCAGCUAUGAUUAAUGCAUACAACUUAUUGAAACAUUGAAUAAUGACGUAGCAAAAUUAGUGAUAUGAGUUUAUACAGCUAUUGUAUUUACAAACAUGGAGUUCUACCAGAAGAUAGAGCUAAAGUUGAAAGUGAUUGCCUAAGAAGAAUGGAAAUCAGGGCUCCCUGGGAGGGUAGGGGCAGUGAUUGAUAAGACUACUGGUAUGCGGCUUUUUAUUUAGUGUAUGUGCCUUGAUGACAUUUAUUUUUAAAAAGAAGGGGAAGAAAGAUUAAGCAGCUUUCUCAGAGUCACAAAGGUAGAAAGACCUAGCUGCAAAAUCUUGUCUUGCCAAGUCCUUCUGAUUACAAAAUGUGUGCCCUUCAUUACUUGUUCCAUGGAAGAGGAGCUUGUUCUGAACAGAACUUUGACAGACAGUUCUGAAAUUAUGACCUAAAUGUUAGAGACCACUCUCGCAGGUAGACAAGACAUACAGUCUCCCGUUUGUUCCCGUGUUCCCGAGCUCCAGCCCAGACCUGUACAUAGAGCAGGACUAUGGUAAAUAUCCGUGGAACGCUUGUGAAGAAUGAUUCUAGCCAGGUGGGAAAUUUUUAAGUCAUCAGAGAAGCUACAUUUGGGGGCUUUCAAUGUGAGGAAAACUUGAAGUGGUGGAGGAGUGUGAAAAUCAGACUUUGUAUAUAACUAAUAAGGGAAAUUACAUUAGGAGUGAUCUGAAUCAAGGGUCUUUUUCCCUUGUGUGUGGGAGGGAGGUAAGACUUACUGAGUAGGUGGGAAUCAAAGGCUUUAAAUACCCUUAUAUUUUAGGUUUCAAGUUAUAUUAGGUUUUGUGAUUUCUUGCUAAUAAAUACUAGGAUAAAUGUCUCCAUGCAUGGUGACAAAUAAAAGAGGAAUUUGAUAAAUUAUCUAGUGCAGUGCACAAUGCCUCAUACAUAACAGGGUUUCAGGAAGGCAGUUGGUAAAGUCACAGUGUUAGAAUGGAAAGGAGCUUUAGAAACAUAAUUUCAGGGAGUCUGGGUGGCUCAGUCAGUUAAGCGUCCAACUUAGGCUCAGGUCCUGAUCUCACAGUUCGUGAGUUCGAGCCCCAUGUCAGGCUCUGUGCUGACAGCUCGGAGCCUGGAGCCUGCUUCCGAUUCUGUGUCUCCCUCUCUCUCUGCCCCUCUUCCACCUGGCACUCUCUCUCUCUCUCUCUCAAAAAUAAAUAAACAUUAAAAAAAACUUUUUUAAAAGAUAAUUCCAAGUAAAUGAGACAUUAAAAUAAAUGAUUUAACCAAGUUCAUAGCGUGUUUUCAGUUGCCAACGAGAGUGGUUUAAACAAUAAAGGAACAUUUAUUAUUUCACAUCUCAAAAGAUUGAGAGGCAGGGCAGCUCCAGGUGAAUUUGUUCAGCAUUUCAAGGACUUCUUCAGUGAUUGAGAUUCUGUUUUGUUUCACUCUUAAUGUGCCGGCUGAUCAAUCUCAUCUUGGUUGCAAGGAAUUCCGGGCAGCAAACACAUCUUAAAACGAGGCCCUAAGGCUAGAAGAUGGAGAUGGGGAGAAUGUGUUUUUUCCUUCAGAAUUCUCUCUACUGAUGUCCAUUCACAUCUCAUUGGCCAGAUACCAUAAUGAGCGUAAAUUCCCUCUCUCUCUAUAUCAUACACACACACUCAUUCUCUCUCUGUCUCUCUCUCCCUCCCUCCCGCUCCCGCCUAAAGCAUGGAAUCACCUAAUACCUAAACAAAAUUGUGGUUUGGGGGAAGGAAAGAAAACAGGGCAUGAUAUUUGGGAAGGCAAGUGUCAACAGUGUUACAAUACUAACGUCUUAAAACAAGUUAGUGGUAGGCCUACCCUCCUGGUCUCCUGAUUCCCAAUUUAGUUCUCCCCUCUUGACAUAAAUAACCUAUUUGCUUAAUGAAUGAAUAUCGUCAGUAUUACAACUUCUUCUGAAAAAUCUUGAUAACAUCCACACAAUUCUGCCUCAGAUCCUUUUUGAAAAAGGGUGUACUAUUGUAAAACUAAAAAUAUACUAAUUUUUUUUAAAGUACAUUGAAUUCUUCAAAUAAACUACCCACAGUUCCUUUUACAUAUGUUUCUCUCUCUCUUUGCUCAUACUGUUUCUGUUGCCAGAAAAUAUAUGGGCUAGCCCUUCUUUUGGCUUUAUUAUUUGAGCACCUACUCAGACUUCAAGUUAUUGAUCCCUCUGAAACGUCUUGAUAUAUCCCAUCUUAAUGGAAUCCCUAUGAUGCAUCCACUACAUUGUGUUCUAGAUUCUCCCACGUAUUUACAGUACUGGUUUCUGUACAGGUUCAUCUUCCUUUUCUAGUCUAAGCUUUCAUUGUAGAGACAGUUUCUCAUAUAUAUGUAAUAGGCACCCUAAUAGUUGUAUCUAAAGAAUGGAUGAAUCAUAUUUAGUGGUGGGGAGAGAUUUUCUUUAACUGUAUUCUAUUUGAUUUUGUUCCUUUCAACCAGUAGAACAUGCAUGCAGUUCUAUAAUCUCUACUCUUCAUUUCAAAAGAUUUUUUUUUAAGUGAGGCCAAUGUGAUUACUAUAAGCAUAACUUAUUUCUGUGAACAGAAUUUUCUUCAGAACUUAAAGAAUAUUAAAAGAAAGGCAUUUCAUCUUAUGUGUGUUACUGCUUAUAGACCAAAUUUCGCCCUUCGCUCUGGAGACCUGUCAAAGAUGGUAAACAUUACAGAAUUGUACCUAACAUAAAUUAGAUGCUCAGUAAACAUUUGUUUAUAUGGUAAAUAUGCUGUGAAUAGAACUAUUCGCUUUAUGAUUUCAUUUUUUCUUUUCUCAUUUUAGCAAUUAUGACACUAACAGAGAACAGGACUAUGUCAAGAAUUCUGGGGGUGUACUUGGUGACAGUGAAUUAAGACCACCCUCCCAGCUACAUUCUGUCUUAGAGGAGACCGAGCCAGGGUUCAUAUCAGAAAAGAUACAAAGCUUUUUACCAAGAAAAAAAAGCAAGUAAUUAUACUCAGGAAGAACUUAAAGAGACUUACGGAUUUCUUCUGUUUGAAACUGAAAGUCAGGCAAAGUUAGUAUGUCAGCGUGGACUCUGUGUGGGCAGCGGUGCUCUUACUACUCUUGGUGACCCAGCCAAAGGGAAAAGUCAAGUUUGUGUCUGAGAAUUAUACAACUAACUAUACUAGCCCAUCUUCUGGCUAUGAUUGCCACGUGGCUGCAAAUACUAACAAGGUUUCUCACAAGACGAGUCAUUUUCGCGCAUUUGAACUGAGUCAGUAUUACCUCUAUGAACUUUCAGGCAGCACUGUUAUUGAGCGGCCCAGGCAGAUCUGUCCUUAUGUUAUUGUAGCUUUUCAGUACAGGGAACCUAAAAAGAUGGCAGCAUCAGCUCAUGAAAGCAUAUUUGAACUCAGUGAAAAUGCUCUUACCCCUUUGUGGCAAGGCAAAUUAAUUAUUCAAGGCUGUCUGCUGUGUGAUGUCAGUCUUUGGUCCUCUUACGGUACAGCUGUUCCAGCCCAACUACCACAUGAACUAGAUUUUAAGUAUGUAAUGACAAUCUCAUCUUUGAAAAAAAGACUACCAGAAGCUGCCUUUCGAAAACAGAAUUACUUGGAGCAAAAAGUCUAUUGCCAAGAUAUGUGCUUCAGGAUGUAUGAGGUGGAACUGUCAAACAAACAAGGGGAAAAAAUAGAUAAGCUAAUAGAAUACAUUAAAAAUAAGCAACUGGCGAUCGUCAAAUGCUUAGAAGAUCGGGGGAUUUUCAUUUUACUUACCUCAUCAGCCUUAAUGUCAGAAACAAAUUUUGCAGAUGAGCGGGCAUGCCUCCACGGGUUACACUUAUUCCAUUCGUCCCCUCCAGCAGGGCUGAAAGAAUUGAAAGUUGAAGAUGACAUCUCAUCAAAGGUAACACCUGUUUUACCUGCCCUUAAUUGUGCCCUUCUGGAAGCAAAAAAAUCGUUUACUGAAGAGGGAAUCUGUCCAAACACGUUAGUAAAGCGUAGUUUCCAAGAACUGUACAAGGUGGACAAAAGCCCCUCAUUGACUGCUGCUUCUCAGGAUGGAAUUAAAGAGACUGCGUUCUUCAGCCAACUGUCCAAUGGCUUUGACUUGGCUCCUCCAGCAGAAAAGUGCCCUUUACAGUCAUUCACUCAGUUGAAGUCUUAUUUUUCAGAUCCUACUGGGUACAUUUUGGAAGUGUCUACCGCAUUAGAUUUAUUAGCAGAGCGUCCUCAGUCCCCUUGUAUCUCAGAUGGGAUUUGCGAUGCUGGAUUUUCUUUAGUUAUGACUCCAGAUCCUGAAUUUUUGGAGUCAGAGGCAGAAGUAAGAAAAGAAACUGAAACUGAAAAGAAUCCCGAAGACAUGUCGAAAGCAAGGCAGGGAGCUGUGAUCUCGCUAAACCCAGCCUUAGGUCGGAGAGUCCAGCCCAAGAGGAAGGCAAGCGUGCCGCCCGCCGUGCAGAGUAAACGGGUGAACUUGUGCCGUCCCUUCCCCAAGAGGGCUGCCAGUGCGGGCAAGGGUUCCGACUGUCCCACGACACUCAAAUUAGUUAAAGGACCGUUUCCUCAGAAAAGAAAAAGAGGUGCUGAAGUGCUGACUGCACAGUUUGUACAGACAACCAAAUUGGAUAGGAAAAACCAAGAAGCUCCCAUUUCUAAAGAUGUUCCAGUGGCAACGAGUGCUAAAAGGGCAAGGAAACAAGAGAACUCUCCAGUCAAAACUGUUCCAAGGGCUAAGCCACCCGUGAAGAAAUCGCCACAAAAACAGAGGGUAAAUAUAGUAAGAGGCAAUCAGAAUCCCAGACUCAAAAAGCAGCCACAACCUGCAAAAGGAGAAACUGGUUCACAGCUUCAAUCAGAAAUCUCAUCAGUUGGUCAAGAGGAUGUUGACAUAAAUGCAGCUCGGGCGGAAAGCAUCUCAGUGGCUCAGAAAGAUCUACCUGAAAACUCCAUUGUCAACUGUGACUCCCAGGCCCUAAAUAUGUUAGCUGACCUAGCGUUAAGUGCUGCUACUUCCGCCACGCCGCCAUCUGAGCCCAGAAACUUUCCCUGCCCCUCUGAACUGCCACAAGAUGAUGUUUUGCUUUCUAAAGAACAUUCUCUGCACGGUACGUCUGACCAUGAAUAUCACAGAGGAGUUAAAAAUCAGAAAGGUGGACUGUUCCCGAAACCCUCCACUGGGAGGAAGAACCCUCCAACGUCAGACUCCGCUGUCAGCCAGGAGGAAGAGAGCCCGGUUCCUGGCAGCAAGGCCCCUGUGGAAGCCUCGCCAGCACUUCCCGAGGAAACACUAGAAACUUCUGAGGCAAGCCAAAGCACUUUCGUUGCCGUGGAACAUUCCUAUGCCCUGCUGCUUGCAGAACAUUCAAAGAAACAUCUGCAACAGAGAGGAAUCCCAGGCCCGGCCUUCGCCAAGAAUGGCACCAAAGGCCCCGAGGCAGGGACCCCUGUGGGGAAAGUCAUGCCCUUCCGACAUCAGCAGAGCACCUCCCCGCUGCGGAAGCUGUCUGAGGACCCGCUACCCAAGUGCAGGAGCCAAGUGAUGUCCUCCGACCCGAGAGACUUCCAGUGCUCUCACACUGUGCUCAGCUGUGACGGCUCCGUCAAGGUCACGUUCCAAUGUGAGACAGAGUACGUAUUCGGCUUAGACAGCAAGUACACCAACCACCCGCUGGAGAAAACUGUAGUAAGAGCGCUGCAUGGGCCCUGGAACACUGACUUACCUGAUAAUGUGGAAGAAGUGAAGCUUUUACUUCAUAUGUGGGUGGCUCUGUUUUACAGCAGUCACAACAAGGUGAUGCGGUCAUCCCGAAAAGUAGUGGAGCACAGCAACCCCGCAAAAUACGUGUCUAUAAAUAGCACAUUAGAAUCGUUGGAAUUCAGCGAACUUGAGGAGGCCUCCAGCGUGCAGAGGUGUCCUGUGGACCCUCUGUUGGAGACUAACAAAUCUCCCAGAGGUCCUGCUGCCGACGUGUCCUUCCCAGACGCCGACUCCUUGCUUCCCUUCAUUAAACCACCACCCACGAGAGGCUUGGAGCUCUGGGUGCAGAACGAACAGAAAGAGAUUUUUGCAGGAGAGGGUCUUCCAGACACCCCAGAGAGCCAGAAUUUCAUCUAUUCCUGUAAUAAUGAGGUAAUUGGGGAAAAAGCCAAAGAAGAUUCAUCAGAUAACCUAGAGACUUCUGAUCUUGUGCUUUCUGGUAUUGGAAGUACCCAAACUAAUGGGCCUCCUAUUCCUGGGGAAGAUAAAGCCUUUGAGCCACCUGAUAGCACAAGAGUGACUUCUGAUGAUACUGUCACGCAAACCGCACUCACCAAGACUUACGAUGGGAUCAGCAGUCAGUCAGUGAUUUGUCAGAAUUCUGCAUACAGCACCCUGGAAAGCAAAGCUGAUAUUUUUCAUGCAACAGUGCAGGCAAAAACAGGUACCUUACAGGGCCAUGUCCAGCACAGAAGCCCCGUAAACCAAGAACGCCAGCCUUCAUUGGAGAGGAAGGAUGAUACAGAGUAUGUGAUGAUUAAUCUGGAACCAGUUACGUUCACUUUUGAAAAAAAUAACUAUGUACCAGUACAGACAGAAGUUGUAAAUAGAACCCACGAACCUAUGGCCUUUACUAUGGAGUCGAUUAAACAGGUACCACCUGCUACAAGUCUUAGACAUCCCGUGUCUGCAUUUGAAAAAGCACAAACACAAGGCCUUAGGGACGUUCCCUCUCUAGCAACGUCCAGACAAAAAGGCACUAAGCACCUGUGUGCCUCCUCCGUCGGUAGAGAGACACUUGCCGAAGAAGUGUGUUCGCUACAGAAAGAGAUUCCUGUUCCAGGUUCAUCGUCACCAUGUGAUAAUUCAGUGGUGGCGGAGGCAUUAUCGUUAGUUAAAAGUUCUAAUUUUUCGUUACCCAAAGAAGAAAUGAAACUCUCUCAAGAAUUUUUUCUGCAGACUCCAAGUCUCUUUGGCAUAUCUUCGGAAGAGGUCGUUGAGCCGUCGCAGGUUGAAGAGGUGGUCCUGGCACCAGCCUCUGCCACUUUGGAAAAAGGUUAUUCACAUGACUACAUGCCAUCAAUGGGUAAUACAGCCGAUAGCUCCUCAGGACUGACCGAUGACAAGAGUGGUCUCCAGAGUGAAAAUAGGAGUUUUGAGUCUUUGAAUUCAGCAUUUACCCAACCAACCAGACUCUCUCUGAAUAGAGAGGAGGCCAGCCUGGAGUUCUCAGAGGAGGAUUCCGACGUAGACCUCACGCUCACGGUAUCGCCACCAACCAGCCCCAGAGAAGUGCCGGCUGGCAGACUGGAGCUGCAGCAGGAGGCCUCGGCAUCAAAUGUAGAACUUCCUGACGUGACUGACGAAAUAAUCAAGCCAGAAGAGGUGACUCUCAUAGAAAACAGAAAAGCGAAUUCUGCUAACUGUACAUCCACGUAUCCUGCGGUGUCCGAGAAAUCAUUAGAAAACGAGAGAAAAGGUGAUAAUUUACAAACAGUCACCUUAAUACUUUCUAAAGAAACUUGUGCCCUUGAGAUUGCAGAGGAGGUUAAUGUCACCUCAGACUUUCCCUUCAGUUCUUUAAUUGAAGAAGUGUCACCAGCUUCUAGUCCUGACCCCCAAGUGCCAGUCGAAGGAACACAACUAUGUCAGGCUGUGUCUCUGUGUAGUUUAAAACUUGCUGAUACACACUGUGAGAAAAGUGACCGAUUCUCCCAGGUCGAGUCAGUAGAUUCGGCCAGCACGGAGAAAGAAGGCUCUUUUGUCAGUCCCACCUGUCCAGGGGAACGAGACAGCGUACCUGGAGUACGCGAGACGUGGCUUUCUGCUGGGCUGCCUCACCCAGGAAGAAAAGAUGGCUGUUUGAGCCUUCCUAGUAGAGCAACCGAGGAAGUUGUCCCGAGGGAGCAUGGCGAGGGUUCCUCUUUCUCAGAAAAGGUGCCGCCCUGUGAUACGGGCUUGAGCCAGCCUGCCUCAGCUGCCCAAUAUGGAGAUGACUUCAAGCUUUCUCUAGAAAAAUUGGUAACAUCAGGAAUUCCACUGCAGCCACUUAGCAUACAGAACAGGAAUUCAGACUUAAAUCAUCUGGUCUUGGAGACCUGGGAGUCUCCAUUUAGCCCUAGAAAGAUGAUUGAAAAUAAGUCUCUGGCUGACACAUUUGUUGCUACAGCUGCACCAAGUGCUAUAGCAAAUGUGUCACUGAAACAGGAGAUUGGCCCCAAAAGCAUCGAGAAGAAUCUCUUUAGCAGUGAUUUGAAGACGAAUGAAGGCAUUUACGUCCAAGCCAAGUCCUCGAGCUCCGGCUCCGUUGGCGGAGCUGACGCCACACAGACACGCAGGCACUCGGGGCUCCCCAGACUUGCCUUUCGUUCACAUGGCGCUGCUGCCUUCCCCCAUUGUUCAACAGCCACGAACGCAGAGACGGGCUUUCAAACUCAGGAAAUAGCCAUAGUCAGAAUGGCCAGUUUGCUUAAGAAUAGUGACACUGAGGCCAGGUUCCACGAAAAAGCCAUAGAUCUAGGAGGUGUUGAUUCUCAGUUGCACAUCACAUCUCCAGAAGACAAGCAAAAAACAAUCCAUGUGCUGCAAGACGGGUCAGUGUGUGAAACAAAAGAUGUGUUGAAGGCUGGGCUUUCCCCCACGUAUUUACAUGCUGAUUCUUACCAAGGUACAGCAGUCACCAGUGAAAAUAGCAGUAGAGAGCCUUGUGCUUCCUUUGUUCCCCAGUCUCACACCCCUCUUAUCUGUGGAGUCUCUGAAGAACAGACGGCAAAUAAGGGUCCUGGUGAGGGGCUCAGAGCCAAGGAAGACUCGGGGACCCUGAGCAGAGACAUGGACCUCGGUGUGAAUUCUGACAUCCAUUACGAGCCACUUUCUGGAGAGUCCGAUCAAGACUCUUGUGGUGGGUGUAGAAAUCCCCAAUCAGUGGUGGAGGGUUCCUGCUCUGUGCAAUGUAGUCAAACCAAGAAGGAAGAUGCUCCAAAAGAUGAUUAUGACUCUUUCCUGAGCCUAAAUAAUAGUGAUAAUGAAGAGUGGGGCUACUGCAAGCAGUCCUCAGGGUUGGAAACAGGCCUUCCUCCCAGACACUGGCUCUGUGGACUCAAGAAGGAAGACCGGUGUGUGCCAUCUUACGUCCAGAUCCGAGACCUCCGUGGCAUCCUCAGGACUUAUGCUAAUUUCACCAUAACUAAAGAGCUCAAAGAGACCACGAGAACUUUGCACAGCCUGAAGAGGUGCCCCGGUUUCAUGGCAAAACGUGGUUUGCUCAGCUCCUGGACAAAUACUUGGCAGGUGGCAGAUGACCUCACCCAGAACACUUUGGAUCUGGAGUAUCUGCGUUUUGCACAUAAGCUAAAACAGAUUGUAAAGAACGGAGAUUCUCGGCAUUCUGCCUCUUCUGCCAGUGUCUUUCCAAAGGAGCCCCCUCUCCAGAUCGCUGCAGGAGCUCCCCCUCUGACAAAACUAUCCGAGGCCCCGGCUCUGCGCCCUGCGUCCCGGAGCAGAAGUCCCCUCGUGGUAACAGUGGUUCUCUCGGACCCCAGACAGCAGAGUCUGCAUAGGAGAGGCCAGAUGCUCGGCGGUUCGGACAGUUCCUGCUUCUGGAAGGAGAGGUGUGGUCACGGUAGAAAUCAUCUUACAAACUCUGAAAGAAAUCACACCGUUUCAUUCCACCUCAACAAACUGAAAUACAACACGACUUUGAAAGAAUCCCGGAGUGAUAUUUCGCUUAUUCUCAACGAAUAUGCCGAAUUCAACAAGGUGAUGAUGAAUAGCAAUCCGGUCAUUUUCCCAGAGAAAGAGUCAAGUGCGGCUCCUGGAGAAGCCGCCUCUCCAGAGCUGUACUCCUCUCUCCCGCGGGCAGCCUCCUACGAGGACAUGAUCACAGACCUGUGCACCAGCUUGCACGUCAAACUGAAGAACGUGGUGAAAGAGGCCUGCAAGAGUCCCUUCCUGUUCUACCUCGUUGAGACCGAAGACCAGUCAUUCCUUGUGAGGACGAAGGCCCUUCUGAGGAAAGGAGGCCAUACAGAAAUGGAACCGCAGCAUUUCUGUCAAGCUUUUCCCAGAGAGAACGAUACACUGGUGGUCGUCAUCAGAAACGAAGACAUAGCAUCGCAUCUGCAUCAAAUUCCCUGUUUGCUGAGGCUGAAGCACUUCCCCGGUGUCGUGUUCGCUGGCGUGGACGGCCCUGAAGACGUCCCCGAGUGCACCUACCAGGAGCUCUUACACGCCGGAGGCUUUGUGGUCUCAGAUGACAAGAUCCUGGAAACUCUGACAUUAGUUCAGCUGAAGGACAUGGUCAAAACCCUGGAGAAGCUGAACGGAAACGGGAGAUGGAAGUGGCUGCUUCACCACAGGGAGAAUAAGCAGCUGAAGGAAGACAUCAGAGUGGAUUCGAUAGCACGUAAGAAGAACUUAAUACUGAGAUCCUAUCAGAGUGCGAAUCUCAUCGAACUGCUUCAUUACCACCAUUGUGACUCUCGAUCGCCAACAAAAGCAGAACAUUUGAAAUGUCUGCUCAACCUGCAAGUUCAGCACGUCCACGCCAGGUUCGCGGUCUUCCUGACAGAAAAGCCUACCAUCUCCAGAGAAGUCUUUGAAAACAGUGGCAUCCUUGUUACAGAUGUAAAUAACUUUAUUGAAAAUAUACAAAAAAUAGCAGCUCCGUUUAAGAGUAGCUAUUGGUAAGAACACUUUCCAGAACUCUCCCUCGUGAGCAGGACAGGACUGAUACGGACAUUCUGUCUGUGAGGAAACCGGUUGUUUGAAAACUCCGCUCUUUAGUAUACAUCAUGCUGUAAAUUUUAAAUCUGUGUUAGGGGUGGGAUUGCUGUUGGUUUGGCAUUAAAGUCAGAAUUUUUGAAGGAUCAUCUACUUCAGGGUCCCCCGUUUCAUCUGAAUGACUGAACACAUUUUCACUUGCGGUUCAUCUCGUUCCCAGGACGGAAGAUAACGUCCCUCUUAGCAUCCUAUUUACAAAACAUUUCUUAGUUAUUCUGUUUAUAAAGACGGAAUGACCAAUUUUGUGUUUAUGCAGGGGCCUGCGCUGCAGCUUGCCUAGAACACCAGUGGUGCCACCAACAAAUUAGUAUUUUCCGUUUACUUUGGAAACUUUUUAGAUACACGGAACAGCCUUCUCAUAUCUGAACAAUCAAUGUUCUGCGACAUAGGAGUGUUCUUCAUUUCUUCACACUCUGCUCUAAAAUCUUGGGACUUCACUCACAGUGGGACAGCAGCUGUCUACCAGCCUCGGGUUAUACUAUUAAAUAUCGUUUUAAAUUAUUUCAUUUUUACGGAGCGCCUUCAAAGCUAUUAAGCUCAACGUUAAAAAGAGUUUUAUAAACACGUUUACUUAGGUGUAGCAAAAAGAAGUCUAUUUUAACCAAUAGCUUUGUUUUUGCAUGUCAGUGUCGAAAAGGCGUAGGUAGUGCAUGUUACAGCCUGUUUGAAAGGUUUUGCCACCCUUGUAAAAGCUGUAAUCUUGGUUUUAUUUGCUGUUACUCUAGCAACACUACAGGAAGUUAAAUGGUACAAAUUUAUGAACUGUCAUUUUUCACUUAGAUUUUGUAAACAGCGCAUUACAAAGUCAACCCUCGGAGGAAGAAAAUCAUUUAUUUAUGGUAUUAGAAAUAAUUUCUAGGGUAAUCUUUAAACUCAAAACCAAGCAAAAAAGUUUGUAGAGAUACAUAGUAUCUGUUUGGAACAGAGGUUUUUCUAACCCAUUUGUUUCAUUUUUUAAUAAAGACAACUGAAAAUCA